AUGUCCCCUGAUUUUGACCCUCUGCACCAUUUCGAGAUCUCUCAGGACCAGUACAACCCCGACAACUCAUGGCCCGACGAUUCGUGGCCAGAUGAACUGGCCAGCUUCAACGAUAUCAAUCCUGCCGGUCCAUCAUCACAUCUGGACCUUGAUUUCGGUCUCCUCUGGGCCCAAUCGGACGAAAAUGGUCUCUAUUCCGUACCUGACUCUUCUGAACCCCCUCUAUCUCCACCGCCAUCUUUGGUUCCUCCACCAUAUGCCAAUUUACAACCUAGACAACCUCCAGAUAUUUAUGAAAUAGGCUACCAAGAUGCCAAUGGUGAUUGGCGGUGCAGCUACGUCGGAUGUCUCUCUAAUCAGGCAUUUCUGCGGGCCUGCGACUUGCGAAAACAUUACCGUUCUCACCAGAAAACUUACUUCUGCACGAAACAGGACUGUGAAUGGUCGAGGAUCGGGUUCUCAUCAAGUAAGGAUUGUCAACGACAUAUGCGGUCCCAUCAGCCGAUGAUCAAGUGUUCUGCGGCGGAGACACUGGGUUGUGAGCGGGUGUUCAGUCGAAUUGACAAUAUGAGAGAACAUAGUCGCAAAAUUCAUGGGUCUUCGCAGAACAAUCAGUCUCCUCGUCUUUGCAAGCGCAGUGAUGGAAAGAAAGACGAGGUCUCUCAGCCAUCCGAGCUUGAUGCUGUAUGA